AAUAUCAUGGACUACCAGAAUCGAGCAGGCAGCAAGUUCGGCGGUGGUGGUGUCGCAUCUCAAUCCGCUACCAACGCCGACCGCCGCGAACGACUCCGAAAACUCGCGCUCGAAACCAUCGACCUCGACAAAGAUCCCUACUUCUUCAAAAACCACGUCGGCAGCUUCGAAUGCAGACUAUGUUUGACCGUCCACCAGAACGAUGGCUCCUACCUCGCACACACUCAAGGACGAAAGCAUCAGACAAAUCUAGCAAGACGAGCGGCCAAGGAUGCACAGCUGGGAAAGAAGCAAGAUGAGCAAUACACAGGCGCGAAUGCAGUCCAAAUCAAGAAGAACGUCGUCAAAAUCGGUCGACCUGGCUUCAGCAUUACCAAAACUCGGGACCCCAUCACACGGCAAGAGGGACUGUUGUUCAGCUUGCAAUAUCCGGAGAUUGGUCAAGGUGUCGAGCCAAAGGUGCGGUUCAUGAGUGCGUACGAGCAGAAAGUGGAGGAUCCUCCGGACAAGGACUUUCAAUACCUGCUUG